UCAAUAAAAUCACAAAUUUCAAAUCAAAUGUCAAAUGUGAUAAUUUAUUGAAAUGUUGAAAUUAUUGAAAAAAUACACAAAUAAAUAAAUCAAAAUACCUUUUAUAAUUAUCUUUGCGUAGAUUACUUGUAUUUAUAUUAAUUACCCUUAUAUAAACAUUCAAUAAUGUCCUCUACCGACAGCGCUGUUGAAACUACUGUUAAUCCUGAAAAUGUGGAAGACUUAAAAACUGUUCAGUUGCUAGCUAAAGGAAUGCUUGAGUUAUAUGAACCACCUUUGGUUACUAUCAAAACGCAUUUAAAAGAACUAACAGAAAAGCAAGAUGCAGUACACAAUAUGUUACUAUCGGAGAGACGGCGGCUCGAAGACUUACAGAAUGAUGCAACACUUGAUGCAUUGCUAGCUGAUGUAGCGACGAGUAAGGAGAAACUGAAUUCAAUAUCGAAUUCAAUGAUUAGUUUGCACAAGAGGGUCCAAGCAUUACAGACAAGAGCGGUAAAUGUGGAGAAAAUUGCUAAAAGUAGAGCAGCAAAUAACAGUCAACCGAAAAGCGGCAGUUAGCAACAUACUUUGGUAUAAUUUGUUGGUUUCCAUGCAUAAUAAAUAGUAGGUAAUAAAUAAUAAAGUA